AUGGAGAUAAACAGAAGCCUCUAAGCCAGAGAGGGACGCACUAACCACGUUUUACUGCAGAAGAGAAAACGUUUUUCCAGCUAGCCCUCACCAUCUCUGGAUACAUUGCUGCACAAGCUUAAAACAUGGACUUUGACCUGUUAGAAAUGGAUGGAGAUGAGGAUGCAGACACUCAAUACAUGAUUGAGCAGAGUCUGCUGGAGUGCACCAAGCAGUCAGAACACCAAGACAGACACCCAGAGGAUGGGUGCAGGGCUACUCACAACACGACAGAGUAUGUCAAAGUAUUGGAUGCCAUCAGGAAAGGUGAUGAGGCUGCUCUCCGUGAGCUGUCUGCCUGCCAGAGUGCCUUCUCUGAGACUGACAGCAGAGGCUGGAUCCCUUUGCAUGAGGCCGCCACUCAGAAAAACCAGACUAUCCUGGAGGUCACCUUUGCAGCGUCCGGUCAGAGUGCGGGGCAGUGUCGGACCCCCCGGGGCAAAAGCGCCCUUCACCUGGCGGUGGAGCAGGGCCUGUUAGAGAACGCCGCCUUUCUUCUACAGAAGGGAUGCAGCUUGGACUGUCAAGAUGAUGAAGAGGAUUCACCUCUGGUCAUAGCCAUCAGAAACAACCGUGAAGACCUGGCCAAACUCCUGCUAUGCUCUGGCUGCCAUGUCAACCAGGAGGGAAACCACUGCAGGACCCCCCUCCACGAGGCCGCUCGUCUGGGGCUCUUGAGCCUCGUGAAGCUGCUCCUGAAGGCUGGAGCAGAGCCGGACGCCCGCAGCGCCUACGGUCUCAGCCCUCUGGCGCUGGCUGCUCAGAACGGACACCUGGAUGUGGUCCAAGCCCUGAUCCACAAAGGGGUCAAUGUGCAGUCUCAGGCCCAGGACAGUGCUACUAUCCUGUUUGAGGCUUCAGCCUCGGGAAACCCUGAGAUCAUCUCCCUUCUGUUGGAGUAUGGAGCGGAUGCCAACAUACCCAAACACACCGGGCAUCUACCCAUCCACCGAGUGUCCCACCGUGGGCAUCUAGAAGCCCUUAAGCUCCUGAUACCAGUCACCACCAUGGAGGCUGUGGACGACAGCGGCAUGAGCCCCCUCCACUCGGCGGCCGACGGCGGCCACACCCCCUGUCUGCGGGCCCUCCUGGGUGCAGGGUUCGACCCCAACGACAUGCUGCACCCCUGGGUGCGCCGUAACUACGACGACCAGCGCAAGUCAGCUCUGUUCUUUGCCGUGUCCAAUAACGACGUGCCGUCUGUCAGAAUGCUGCUAGAGGCCGGGGCCAUGCCCAACCAGGACCCUGUGAAGUGCCUCCAGGUGGCCCUUCGUCAUGGCAACUAUGAGCUGAUGAACCUGCUGCUGAGGUUUGGCGCCAAUGUCAACUAUUUCUCCCGGAUAAACACCACACACUUCCCUUCCGCUCUGCAGUAUGCUCUGAAGGACGACAUCAUCCUGCGCAUGCUUUGUAACUAUGGUUACGACGUCCAGAGAUGCUUCGACUGCCCGUACGGCGAGGCGUCCCACGUGCCUGACGACUACGAGGGCUGGAGCAACACGGUCAUCAAGGAUACCAUGUUUUGUGAGGUGAUCACAGUGUACUGGCUGAAGGACAUAUCUGGACACAUGGUGAGGAUCAUGCUGGACUAUGUCAGUCAUGUCACCUUCUGCUCCAAACUGAAGGCAGCCCUAAUGGAGCAGAAACAGUGGCUGGAUAUCUGCAAAAUUCAAGAGAAUGUCCGCUGUCUGCAGCAUCUCUGCCGGCUGAAAAUCCGCAGCUGUCUGGGCCGGCUGCGUCUGAGGGCACCUGUCUUCAUGAGCUUCCUGUCGUUGCCAAACAGACUCAAGGAUUACAUCCUAUUUCAAGAGUAUGACCUCUACAGCCAGAGCCAGGGCAUAAAAGCAGGACAUUGUUGGGCUACAGACUAGAUUGGGGAACUGAUAAUUGAAAUUUGCACCUGUUUUACAUUAUGCCAUUCUUAUCUAAAACAGUCUGAUGAGACAAUUAUUGUUUCUACUAGUCCUGUUCAUAUUGAUUGGAUUUGUCAUGUAAAUUGUCAUUUUAUGUUAUUUUGCAGACAUUUCUACAUGGUGUUGUUUGUUUGCAAUAAAAAUUGGUU